AAAACAGCGAUCUUAAAGACCCUUUUUCGCCCAGGUCCUCAUUUUGGAAUGGGACUUCUUUACUUAUAAUUUGUGUAAGUAUGAUAAAAGUGGCUACUUCGACGUACUGCUUCUGCUGCACCUGGGUCGUAUAACGCUGUACCAAACACAGUAGGACACUCUAGAUACGAGUACCAACAAGAUCAUGCGCGAAUUCGUCGAGGCCUGCCUGGCGCAGGCCCGCGUGGAUGCGGAAGAGAUGCGGCCGCGCAACUUGCUCAGAAAGGGUCGAUCCCGGGGCGAACGCAUCUACAUGCGGGUUGUGGGCCUGUGCGAGACCUCACUUCGCGGGUUUUUGGUGAAACUACCCCUGUUCCUGCUGGAGAGGAUACCGCACGCCGCCUCGCUCUGCUCCAUUGGGUAUCUGUACGUGUUUGCGCAGUGCACGGGGAUGGCGUGGAUGCUGCUGCUGCAUUUUGCUUCGGUGUUGACCCAGGCGUUCGCUCGCUGUCUAAAGGACAGCUCGGCGAGCUGUUUGCGACCGCCGGAACACAUAGAAGCUUCAACACAAACAGCCGGAUCAGCAGCGAGCUCAAUUUUCUCGGCAUCAGUGCAGAGUGGUGGAGAAAGGGAAAAGGGGACAACGACUAGCAAGUCCCCAGCAGACAUUUCGAUCAUUGAGCCAUGGAACUUCAACACACCAUCAACGGAGACUUUGAUCGUCUUCUACCUGUACUAUGCCAUGGGCCGCAUGCUGAUCUUCGUGGUCUACGGACUGUACACCAUUGGCUGGGAGUCCUUUCACGACUUCCCCACCGUGCGGAAGACGUAUCCCACAGAAAAAAGCCGGCAGGGCAUAUUUGUAAUGCAAAAAUAAAAACACAGAAAAACCUGUCAUGGGCGGCCUCAUAGCGUGCUGUUUAGGAUACGCAAUACAGAUGUUUUUGUGUAUUUAUUUUUGCAUUACAAAUGUGAAUGUCUAGAAAAAAAAAAUCCAAUAGAAAUUCUCCCCCGCCCCAAUAGAAAUUCUCCAUAUAGAGAAUCUCCCGCGUCGAGUCUUUCGGUUCCCGCUUUGUCUUCGAUUGCGUUUGAUCUUCGCCUUCGCCUGGCGCAAAAGCUGUUGACCUUCCUCUGGCGCAAAAGCUGGCCGACUUUUUCAAAGUGCUCUUCUUGUUCCGUGCCCAUGGACGGGUAAAAAAGUUCCUGUGCAUGUUUCGGCCUCGGGGGGUUCAGGUUUUUCGGGAAAGAAAGAAUAACUCUGCAACGACCUGGCGGCCGGCGUAGGGGAAAUAAAGAAUAUUCCCGCACAGUGCGCGCGCGCGGGCUUCUUUUUGAGCGGCCGGACGCUCUUGCUCGCCUAUGCGCGGCAUCUGGGUGGCGGCGUGGCGGAAAUGAAAAAAAUUUCUGCGCACUGCGUGGGCGCGGGCUUUUUCUUGUGAGCAGCCGGAGGCCCCUUAUCGCCGGCCCGCGCGCCACAUCGGUCUUGCGGCGUGCCGGUAUCGGAAAAUAAAAAUGCGCGCCGUCGCCCGCGCGCCGCGCUUUGUAGCGAUGUGGGAUCGAAGUCUAAAAAUUUUCGCGCGCUGCGCGCUUGCGAGUUUGCUUUUCUGAACGGCCGCGCACUCCCGCCGCCCGCGCGCCGCGUAUGGUGGCGAUUUGGGAUCGAAUUCAAAAAAUUUUCGCGCGCGGCGCGCGCGCGAGUUUUUUUCUCUGAGCGGCCGCGCACCCCAGUCGCCCCCUUCGCGCGCCGCGCUCGGUGGUCAUGCAUGCGGAAUCGAAUUCGAAAAAUUUCCGCGCGCGGCGCGCGCGCGAGUUUCUCUCCCUGAGCGGCCGCGCACCCCCGUCGCCCGCGCUUUGGCGAUGCGGAGUCGAAUCGAAAAAAUUUUCGCGCGCUGCGCGCGCGUAAGUUUUUUUCCCUGAGCGGCCGGGCACCCCCAUCGCCCGCGCGCUGUGUUUGCUUGCUUGGUGGCGGGGCGUGGGAUCGAAUUCCAAAAAAAUUUGCGCGCUGCGUGCGCCCGAAUUUUUUUCCCCGAGCGGACGCGCACCCCCGUCGCCCGCGCGCCGUGCUUGGUGGCGAUGGGUGUCUGUCGGGUCGAAUUCAAAAAAUUUUCGCGCGCCGCGCGCGCGCGAGUUUUUUCUCUGAGCGGCCGCGCAUCCCGAUCCCGGUCGCCUCCCUGCGCGCCGCGCAUGGUGGCGAUGGGUGUGCGGUCGAAUUCAAAAAAAUUGUGCGCGCUGCGCGCGCGCGAUUUUUUUUCCCUGGGCGGCCGCGCAUCCCCAUCGCGUGCGCGCCGCGCUUGGUGUCGAUAGAUGUGGAGGCGAAUUCAAAAAAUUUUCCCGCGCUGCGCGCGCGCGAGUUUUUCUCCUUGGCCGGUCGCGUAUGUCCGUCGCCCGCGCUUCGCGCUUCGUGGCGAUAGAUGUGGAGGCCAAUGCAAAAAAUUUUCGCGCGCCGCGCGCGCGAGAGUUUUUUUCCUUGGCAGGUCGCGCAUUUCCGUCGACCGCGCUUCGCGCCUGGUGGCGAUGUGGGAUCGAAUUAAAAAAAUUUUGCGCGUGGCGCGCGCGUUUCUUCUUCUACUGGGCGGCCGCGCACUCCUUUGCGCGCGCCACACAUGGUGGCGCGUUUGCUGGGAUUCAAAAAAAGUUUCGCGCGUUGCUGUCGCGCGCGCGGGUUGUGGGGGGAAUGGGUUAAAUUCUUUCGCGCGGGGUGCGGCUGCGUCGUGGUUGGGUCGGUGGAAUGGGAUAAAUUCUCCUGCGCUGCGCGCCUGGAGUUCGUUUUUUCGAGCAGGCGGCGCGCGCUCCUUUUCGUGCGCCGCGGCUCUCGGCGUUGGUUGCGGGAAUGAAAAAAAAAACUCCUCACGCUCCGCCCGCCUAGGCUUUUUCUUUCGUGCGCCCUUUUCCCGCGUGCCGCACCUAGAUGGCGGCGGACCGGCGUUGUGGGGGCCCAAAAAAGUUUCGCCCUCUUUCGGGCAGGCGCGCGGACGUUCUCGUGUGUCGUGCCUGGCGCCGCAAAGUGGGCCGAUCAAAGAUUUUCGAGGAGCGCCGCGCGCGCCUACAUUAUCGCGCGUCACACCUAGUCGGUGUGGCCGUGCGUCGCGAAGAUAAUCUUCCGGGCUGCCGCUAGACGGCCUGGGCUGCGUACCUGUAGCCUUCCUGGGCAGGCUGCCCCUAGCAUGAUUGGGCUACCUCUGGCCUGCCGGGGCUGCCUAGCGAAGCCCGGCUUGCGGGUCUGCCGAGCAACAAAAGCCGAUCUUGCUGGGCUGCCAGCCUUACGCACCUAGCAGAGCCUGGCCUGCUGGGCUGCCUGCCUAGGCUAGUUGCUAGGGCUGUCAGCCUAGCCGAGCACAGCCUGGCGCGCUAGGGCUGCUGGCCUAGCGAGGCACAGCCUGGCUUUGCUUGGGCUGGCAGCCUAGCAAAGCCUGGGUUGCUGGCUGGCAGCCAUCUUAGAUAGAGAGUCUCCAUCUGAGAUAGAGAAUCUCUAUCUCAGAUGGAGAGUCUCUAUUUCGGAUGGAGAGUCUCUAUUUCGGAUGGAGAGUCUCUAUUUCGGCUUCGCCACUGGUGGAGAAGCUGCUGAAAUAUAAGAAAAACACAUGGGAAAACAGUAAGAAACAGAAAAAGAAAAAAAAGAAAGAAAAAAGAAUACAGAUACUCUAUCUCUCAUGGAGAAUUUCUAUUCUCCUCCGAGAAUCUCUAUUUCAAAUAGAGACUCUCGGAGAUUUUCUAUUUCGAGAGCUGUACAAUUGACCUUCCAGCUUUUUUCUGUGGGAUAAGACGGUUUCCCUGUCCAUGCGCGAGAUCGCGGAGCGGUACACGGUAUCAAAUGUAAAAAUGUCUGGGUCUGGAAGAUUGCAAACUUGUCAUGCUAAAUCUGCAGCAUGCAAAAAUCUGUGUUGCAUGAUUAGCAAAAGUCGCCCGAUUUUGACCAAGUCGGGAGGUAGUUUCUCAUGCAGGAUAGGCAUUACAGAGGUCUCGCAGAAUCUGUCAUGCUAGGUCCGGCAUUCCAGACCUCCUGGGUCAUGGAAAAGCAGCAUGACAAAUCGCGCAUUAUUCCAGACCCAGACAUUUUUACAUUUGAUACACGGUGCGGGUGACGUGCCGGAGCCGCAGCCUGUCGCCGGCCGCGGGACUGGACAGCACGGCGACCUCCCGAACCUUCCCGCCGAACUCGUCCCACGCGAGCAGUGGUAGUCCGUUGGAAAUCGACGAGUACCCGCCAAUAGUAGACACGGAUCGACCGAGCACCGCCUCCCUGGAGUCACGGUCGACGCGGGCGAAUAGUUCCGGCGUCGGAAGCGAUACCCUGGUGUCCUCGCACAAGAUUGUGGACGAAUUCGACCGGAGUGGGACCACCACGGCCACCGCGAUAAGCGCGGUGACGGGAAAGGCCGCGCGGGUAGUAGAACUGAGCCCGAGAGAGAGCCAACUGCGGUCGGGCAGCAGUGUGACAGAGGAAACAGCGGGGCUCCGCCAGCGCCAUCCGCAGAACGUUCGCAGCCACAACUCGUCCGCCAGUCAGAUUGAUGGCAGAAGUGCGGGCGAUCGCGACAACAGGUCGGAUAUAUUGAAGGAUGGGCUGGAGAUUGUGGAUCAUGGAACUGUCCACAUGAAGGGCCCCACUACGCGGAGCCGCAGUAUCCAGAGCGAGGUGUCGACCGAAGGUGAGGAGCCUAUGACUCCAAAUACGGAACAAGGGGCCAAUGGCGCGGGAAACAAUGCAUUUUUCUCGUCAGAAGACGAGGAGCGAGCGAGGUUACGCCGGGAGAAGAAAAAAACCGGGGGUCGACGCGCGCUGCUGAUACUUCCGCUUGUCUGGCUCUUCGUUUUGUGCGGCUGGCUCGCGGUCAGCAGCUUCUACUUCGACUUCACAGAGGGGUUAUCUUCAGCAGAUAUGAGGAACAGCAGCAGUAGCACGCUGUCCAUGUCGGAGAGUAUCAUGCGACCCACGGGGCGCCUCCACCGGUGCUUCCUGUUCCUGAUGCUACUCUCGCUCGUCCAGUGGGCGGCGCAGUACCUGUUUCUGUUUCCAAAUCUCUUUUCCGCUUUGCUCCUCACGCCGCGCAGCACGGCUUUGUUUGGGUUCUACUUCCUCUUUUCCAUCAUUGGCGGGGCGAGGCUAGUGUCCUGGUUCCUGUUUCCGCAGGGGAAGCAAACGAAAAUGUUUUUCGGGGUCAUCCCACACCACUUGCUGGAUGUGGUGCUCGUGAUGGCGUGGAUGGGCUGGAUGAUGUGCACGUUGUUGCACUUGUUCGGUUCGCGGACGGCUUUCAAGCAGACCGGGUUUUUCAAGGAGCGGUUCAACGACGACCAGCUGUGGCGCAACCACAUCGCGAUUUUCAAAGUGACCUACAUCGUCCCCUUGAUUCUCCACUUCUUCCGGGGAUCGCUCUUCUCCUCGCAUUUGGGAAUUCGGCACGCGAUGAACGACUCGCUGAUCAUCAUGGUGAUGUACCCGCUGCUGCUGUUGUUGAUUUGGACCGCGACGUUUCUGCUCGUCGCGGCCCUCCGCCGCGGCCGGCGCAUCGGCAUGCUGCAGCUCGCCACAAUGGUGCCGCUCUGGUUCGUCAGUCAGUACGUCUGCUGGCGCUACUUGCAGCUGGAGUCGAAGUCAGCGAUUUGUCUGGUCUGGGCGCAUGGUGUGAGGCAGAGCUUACGGUUGUUCUCGCGAAAGACGCCCGCGUGGCUGGCCGCGGUGACGAGGGAUUUUUUCGCGCAGAUAGAUGCACUGCUAGGAAGGGAGCCGAAUGUGGUUGACAGGAACAAUACUAAGAAGCUGUCCGCCGCUGCGUCGCCCACCUCCCCUGGCGUUUCGACGUUGUCAAAAUCGAACCACGGUACUGCUACCGCGACGCCAAUCUCCGCCGUCAAAGAUGAGCCGGGGUUCGCUAGUAGCAAGCGCCGGGCGCGCAUGUCCUCGCCGUCUCCGGAGAGUCCGAUUUCAAAAAUCAGUGUGGGCUUCGCGAUGGGCAGCGCGGGAGAUCCGCACGGGGAGCGGGACGAGGAGAACGAGAAAAAUCCGAUUAUGAAGAAACCCAGACAGUCCAUGCAGUACGUCAUCGACGGGUACGGAAAGAUGCUUUUAGUUUUGUCGGUGGUGUACCUCGGCACCUGUCUGUUCCUCGCUUUCGUCGGCGAGAUGCAGCGAAUCUACAACAUUCUCCCCAUGACGAUCUCGAUGCACACGAGCGCAUCGGACAUCAUCUCGUUUGAAGCGAACCAAAGGGGUGCGGCGGAGAACGGUGAACAGGAAGCCACUAGUUUGGCGGCAGGCGAGAGCGAUAAAGUAGACACUAGCCUUUCUGGCGAACAAACAAGCGUCACACUACUCCCAGACCCGAACUUCGUUUCUGUGAGCCACGUCGUGAGCCACUUGCAGGUGAAACUCGCAGACGCGAAAAAGCAGAAAAGUUCCAAUUGGGUCGGCGGCUUGCUAGCUUCCAUCACCGGCGGGGAUAAAGAACAAGCAGCGGUUUCUCUUUCCGGUGCAUCUUCGACAGCUCAAAGUACUGGGAAAAAUCAUCUCGGGGACCAGCAAGCGCAACCGCCGGACGGGAAGAGACCGGACGAGGAUGGCAGCGAGGUAGAGUCAGAAGACGUAAAUGUCCUCUCUUCCACCUCGGCUGAACCUGGUAACGAAUUCCGGAGCCGGAACCCGUUUUGGACGGUACCCAAGUACGCCGCCUGCGGCCAGCUCUACCACGGGCUGACGCUGCUGGAUUGGGCGCUGGUGGCGGAGAGCGUGUACCUCGAGUCGAAAGAGGAAAGGGAAUAUUUUCUGGAGAAAGUGGUUUUUCCGAAUUCCUGGUACGAAAAGGACUUGUCGCAGCGGCCCCAGGUGCGCACGCACUCGUUCUCGAAGCACGGCAGUGCCGCAUACAUGGAGAUUUUCUUUCCGGAGCAGGACAUGACCGUGGUCGCGAUUAAAGGUAAGUAACUAAAAGGGUCGAUGUUGAGAUUUCGAGAUCUACAAGUAAUUGAUUUGGGAUGCAAUUAAGUUGUAGUUGUACACGGUAGUUAGAGUUACUUAUUCGUUCUUCGGUUUUCAACGCAGUGAAGAUCAUCACCACAUCACAGGUACCGACCCGCUGAAGUUGCUCGAUUUCCUCGAGGACCUGCGGAUGUGGCGCGAUGCGGUGGUGGUCAGUUUGCUCGCAAACCUAUUUCCCGCCGUUCGCGCCUGGCCAAAGGCGACGACCGAGAUGGUGAUUCGGUUCCAGCACGAGUUUCUAGAGAAUUUAGGCCUGGUCGAAUCUCACUGGGCAUUCGACGAGUUGCUGCACAAGUACGGCGGCAGUGAAACGGUACUAGUACAACCUACCGGGAUCACAGAAUUGCAGAACAUCAAGUCGGAAAAUGGUGUUUCCACGGCCUCGGCCGCGGCGAGUCCUGCCCCGCUUGAUGCAGAUGCUGCAGAGCCACCACCGCAAGAAAAAGAAUUAUCCGACGAGAAUCCUCCUGCACCGAAGCCGUCAAAAACCGUGUUUGUGGGGCACAGCAUGGGCGGAGGUAUUGCCAGCAUUCUCGGGUUAUCAAAUGCAAAAAUGUCUGGGUCUGGAAGAAUGCAAGUUUGUCAUGCUUGUCUGGCAUGACUCGAGGUCGAGAAUGUGUGUUGCAUAGGCACGAAAAAGCCCUCUUACCUGUCAUGCAAAAACGCAGUUUGCCAUGCGGAAUACGUAAGACAUGGUAGCCAAAAAAUUUGUCAUGCAUAGCUGCGUAUUGCAGUGCGUCUACCAUUCAUUUUUAGCAUUACAAGUUUCCUGACCCAGACAUUUUUGCAUUUGAUACAGGUUUCUUAACCACGCACCGGUAGUCGCUUUCCAGCCGCCCGGUGUGUACCACUCGAUCGCGAAAUUUCAGCAGGUAAAGCGGGACAUGAAGGCGUAUGACUUUGUGCACCACGAAACUCUGAACAUUCUGGUGGAAGACGACUGGAUCAACAACGUGUUUGACGAGCACGGCGGUUUGUUGCAGCAAAUCGGGUGCGAUUACCCCAAUCGCAGCAUGUACCUGAGCUGUCACCUGCUCGAGUCGGUAAUCAACCACUUGUACAAGAGCUGCGGAGAGGACAGAGCGGACGACCUGGUGGAAAUGGUCGAAGAGAAAAUAGUUAAACCCGCGGGAGCAGGUAGUGCUGCCGCGUCUACCUCCACCAGCAAAGAGGCCGGCGUGACGAGGACCACAAAGGUAGAACGGCGCAUCAGCAAGAAGCCGAAGCGGUUCGACUAUGUGGAGUGGAAGUUUGAGGUGCUGACGCAAAGCACUUGGGACACGAUUUCCGAGGAGGUUUCGACCUAUGUAAGAUCGUCCACCUUCUACAGCUACUUUGUCGCGCUGUCCUCGUUCCGCUACACGGCCGCCUGUCUGGCGCUCGUCGCGGUGGUGCGGUUAUUGUGAUGAAAAUUAACACGAGGAGAUUUGAUUCCGAAACGCAACAUGAUCCAGAUCUGCUGGCUCGCUGCAGGAGCACUAGUCUUAGUCGAAUCUUCCUUCUGAGGAAAGUUGCGCUGCUAGAGUGAAAAUCGAUGCUGGCGUGUUCCAUAUUGAUUUAC